AUGUCUAUAAAAAAUGCUUUUAUAACUGAAAAUGAAGAACUUUCAAGUCAGACAUCAUAUAAUACAGGUUCAUUACUUCAUUUUUUAUCUCAAGAUGAAGACCAUCAAAUAAUCAUGAUUAAUCAAUUUUUAGAAAUUCUAAAUAUUAAAAUAUUAACAAAUUAUGUAGACAAAUUAAAUAAAACAAAAUUAGUGACAAGAGCUUCUAGUUGGGUUUGGAACUAUAUGAAAAAAGAUAAUAUUACAACAUCAACUAUGAAUCUUAGUGAACACCUCAAUUCUGUUUAUCGAAUUUUUUCUUACCAACAAUACAAAAAAAAUUCUGAUGGACAAACUAUAAUAGAUUCAGAUAAAUCAAUGCAAACUAUACUUUUAAUGUUUUCAAAAAUAAAAGCUCAUAAGCCAGCUAAACAACAAAAAUUAUUAUAUCAUUUGACUACAUGGAUAGUUGAUAAUUGUCAAGCUUUGAGCAUUGUAGAAGAAAAUUGUUUUCAGCAGUUUUGUUAUAAAAUAAAUCCUCAUUUCAAGUUUUCAGAUAAUUUUAAAUUAUAUCAAGCAGUGUUAACUAUAGAGGAAUUUUCUUAUUUACAUUUAGGAGAACACCAAAAACAAUUUUUAUCAAAAAUUUUCGAAUAUUGGAAUAUAUGUAAUAAAUUAAUAGGAGAAACAACUGAUAAUAAUAAAUUAAUUGUUAAAGGAAUAAGACUUUUUGAAGCACCUUAUAUAUGGCAAAAAAAAUUAAACAACUGGUUAGUAAAAAGAGACCGAUAUUGUCAAAAUCUUGAUAAUAUUCAAAAUGAAUUUAAUCAGUUGUUAGAAAAUGGGAUUUGUCCUAUUUCUAUUAACUCUAUCCCAAAUGUCUUAGAAGACACAAAAUGGCUAUUAUUAGAAGAACCUAUUCAUGAUGUAAAGACCAGAUGGAACUUAACUUUUUUGAUCUUAAAAAGAUUACUUCAAUUACAAGAUGCUGUAGAGCAACUUGCAAGAUCUUUAUAUUGGCAUCCUGAUUUUCAACAAAGAAAGGAUGAACAAUCUUUGAGUAAUAAAUUACUUUUAGAAACAGAAUGA